UUGAAGUUUGAAAAUGCAAAAUGGCUAUCACAGAAAUUACUGGAUGCAAAGUGCAUUUAGUUCCCCGCCGCCCGUUAAGUUAGGGGUCGAUAAACCCUAAUAUUUUACAGUACCUUCUUAUUUGAUCGUAGUAAAAUCACUGGCUCCGGUCCACCAUCUGCAGCAUCAUAAAGUUUCUAGUCUUGGAAGGUAUGUGUUUGUGUUGAUUGAUUUGUUUUCUGCAAUAAUCGAGUUAUUACAGUUCCCGAGGUUGAGGUUGAUGAUGGAUUUCCGCAAGAAUUCGAAGAAAUUAAAAGUGGAUUAUCAUCCAAUACUUGACACCAUGGACAUGGAUAUUACUACAAAGGUGUUUGGUGUGAAAUCUUCCCCUUUUGUUGUUGCUGUCGUCUCUCGUAAUCUACCUGUUGAGAUGACGGGCAUAAGUUAUGGUCGUGGCGAAGUCCGUUUGUCGGACUACCCAGGGGAACAUGUGGUUUUGAAUUCAGGGACUAUUAUAGAGUGCGAAGAGGAUGCAGCAACUAGCAAAUUUGUCUCUACCAUUAUCGUUGCUGCCGUUCUUUUUGUGCGUACUAAUGAUGUUCAACCUCAUGAUAUUAAGGUUGAUGUGCAUUUAUUUGAUGGCAGGGUAUGCCAAGGUCAAGUCUUUGCUUGUGAUUUUCACUACAACCUCGCUGCUGUAAGGAUACAAACAGACUCCCCUCUACAAACCCCUACCCUUAAGGGCUUGGACGAUGUCAUGUCCAUUGAUCCCUCGGAGCUGCUUCAGUUGUCUCAAGAUAGAUCUUUUCAGCUUCGCCCUCAUUCAAAUUUAUUCAAGAUUUUUCAUGGGAUGAAGAUCAUAACCAUUUGGCGUGCUCUUCGUCCCAAAAAUUUUAUCAUUGUUAGCUCUGGUGUUUUAUGCAUUGAUGCCCCUUAUACGGAACUGGAUUGCAAUGAGCUUUGCUGGGUAAAAGAUCGCAAAGAAGAUCCUUUAGGAGAAAAGGGUGAGAACGGGGGAACAAUCGUUAACUGUUUUGGAGAUGUAAUUGGAAUGCUGUUCUAUGGUUCUGCUUUCAUGCCAAUUAACAUAGUAUUAAGGUGGUGGCACCAUUUUAAAAGUUGCAGGAAUUACCGACGACCUUGGCUCGGUGUGGAAAUUUCCAAUCUCUACUCAUCUCGCUUAGAGAUUUUGGAACAAUUUAUGAGCAAGUUCCCCAACAUCUCUGCAGGUGUUGUUGUAAUGAAGGUUGAAGAAGAUUCUCCCGCAGCUCAUUGUUCUACGAUACACGCCAAGGAUGUCAUAGUAGCUUGUGAUGGCAAGCUAGUCCGUAGUAAAUUGGACUUGUUUGAAUUACUAUGGGACAAGGUUGGGGACACUGUCGAGCUCAAUGUUGUAAGACCGAGCAAUGGUAAUCAGUUGAAAGUCAAUGUGACUGUUGGAGAGUCUACCCCGGAUAGAUUUUAUCGUUGGCCACUUAUUCAUUGGACGAGAUUCCACACAAUACUUCCAACCCGCACCUCCACAUUGCACGACGAUAUUAAAUGGCCAUAGUAUGCUGCCCAUAAAAGGUAUCAAGUUGCCCCAUGGUCAGCGAAUAUUUAUCUGGUUUGUUUCCCUGGUAUGUGAAUUGGUAAGGAAUAAGGAUAUAACUUUGAGUAUUUAUGUCUUUUGUUUCUCUUUGCUUGAUACGGUAAUGUAGUUCGAAUAUAGACAUAUAGUAUCUGAAGUACCAAAUCCGAGGUUGAUGCUAUAUGUAGUCACCGCACUGUAUCAAACAGAGAUGAUGUGGUUUGGUACGGGUUUAUAAUAAGGUUUGUUUAGUGUGUC